GUCCAGCCCUGGGGUCCGCCCCGCUCUCCCGCCCAGUCCCCGCCGGUGCCCGGGCCGCGCGCGGAGUGGGUACUAGAGCCAUGGAGGAGUCGUCGACCCCACUGGUGGGCUGCAGCAAGCCGCACCUGGAGAAGCUGACUCUGGGGAUCACCCGCAUCUUAGAAUCAUCCCCAGGUGUGACAGAGGUGACCAUCAUAGAAAAGGCACCUGCUGAACGUCACAUGAUUUCUUCAUGGGAACAACCUAACUUAAAGAUGAACAAUGCCACCAGCCCUUCCCAGCUGGGAUCUCAUGGAAUUCAAGUUAAGAAAGACUGAUAGACAGCAGUUUCUUCGUCUCCACCACUAGAUGGCAGAAGUGACCAAAAUCUCAUAGUGGAUGCUGGCCCUUUGGGGUGACAGGAGGAGCAAGAAUUUUGUCAGAAUGCUGAUCACUGUGGGCGUCUUGUGCUAGGGCCCAGGAGUAGGAGAAAAGCAUUCUGUGUGCACGCUUUGUCUCUAAAGCACAGAGGAUGUGCCAUACAGGAGGCACAAGGCGCAUGCCCUAAACCCCAAAUAACAUACUAAGUAGGAAAAUAUGUUAGCCCAAGGCGUCAGGGAAUUCUUCAGGUUACACAUCUGUGAUACUGGGCACUGGUGGUGAAGAGAAGUAAAACAAAAACUGAUCAGAGGCCAUAUUUUAGUUCUUAGAUCAAGAAAGUGAAAAACCUGUUUCAUUACAAUGAAAGCUGUUCUUGUUUUAAUAAUAUAAAAACACUGCUUAAAAUCACCUGCAAGCUUGAAAUUUGUCACCUAUAGUUCUGGAAGAUUCUAUGCCCGAAAAUCAUAAUAAUUACCUAGUCUUCUCUCUUUCUGCCAAGCUCACACCCCCUUCCGCCUCCAGUAUUUUAUAGACUCCAGUAUUUUAUUCUUAAACCUGGAUUCACAGAGCUUAAGUGACACCCGGGGUCACUCAGCUAGUGGCAGAAUUGGAAAGUAAAUUCAGAUCAUCCUGCUACACUCUAAUUUCCCCCACACUUUGGGUGCCUGAAACUGACCGACAGUAUGACCUAAAGCAAACCUGACAUAAGCAGUGUUCAGUAUCACAUCUCAAAAAUGUCCAAUAAGCCAAAAGUGAGGAUGGAGUUGCCAACAUAUUGCCCCUCUGUCUGUAUAAACAUGACAAGCCAAUCUAAGAGGCCCAGGAGAAGAACUGGAGAACGCAUCCUCCUGUACUCUCCAGGGCUUUGAUUGGCUGGAGAAGACCGGUCAGGCUUGUACACAGAUGUGAGUUACUCGGCAUGUGGGGCACGCUCCCAGUACCUCCUGAAAGGAUACGAAGCCACUCCUUUCUCUCUACCAACAAUUCGGAUGAGUUGUUGUCCAUAUGAUAUAAUAUUAGUUUAUAUAUUGUUGUACUUUUUUAUUUUCUAAGAACUUUCAGAACUGUUAGGUUCAUUGCGCUAAAUGUCCUGGAAGUAUAUACUCUCCGCUUUUCAGAUGUUCUCAUUUUUCCAGUAAUUUGUUUCAGAAAAUAAUUUAUGAGCAUGGGUCCAGAAUUUGGGUAGUGAGUGCCUUGCUCCACCAUCAUUCAGACCAUCUUCCUCUCAGUCUCCUCAGCGUGCUCCUUGAGCAGCCUUUCCCCGGCCAGCUCCCCACUGAGGCAUUACCCAGCAGAGAGAGCACACGCCCACUCUGCCUUCUCAGGGGAGGCAAACAGAGAUCAAACUGGUGACUG